AUGCCCUACAAAGACUUUCCAUACACAUGCUCUGAGUGUGGGAAAGGCUUCAGUCGGAGCUCAGACCUUAUCAAACAUCGUAGAAUCCACACUGGAGAGACGCCCUACACAUGCGCUGAGUGCGGGAAAAGCUUCAGUCAGAGCUCUACCCUUAUCACACACAGGAGAAUCCACACCGGAGAGACGCCGUACACAUGCUCUGAGUGUGGGAAAAGCUUCAAUGAGAGCUCAGACCUUUUCACACAUCAGGGAAUCCACAGAGGAGAGAGACCCUACAUGUGCUCUGAGUGUGGGAAAGGCUUCAGUUGGAGCUCUACCCUUAUCGCACACAGGAGAAUCCACACAGGAGAGAUGCCAUACACAUGCUCUGAGUGCGGGAAAAGCUUCAAUCGGAGCUCAGACCUUAUCAAACAUCGUAGAAUCCACACAGGAGAGACGCCCUACACAUGCUCUGAGUGCGGGAAAAGCUUCAAUCAGAGCUCACACCUUAUCGCACACAGGAGAAUCCACACCGGAGAGACGCCUUACACAUGCUCUGAGUGUGGGAAAAGCUUCAAUCGGAGCUCAAACCUUAUCGCACAUCGUAGAAUCCACACAGGAGAGACGCUCUACACAUGCGCUGAGUGCGGGAAAAGCUUCAAGCAGAGCUCAGACCUUAUCAGACAUCAGAGAAUCCACACUGGAGAGACGCCCUACGCAUGCUCUGAGUGCGGGAAACGCUUCAAUCGGAGCUCAGAGCUUAUCGUACAUCAGAGAAUCCACACCGGAGAGACACCCUACACAUGCUCUGAGUGCGGGAAAAGCUUCAAUCAGAGCUCAAAUCUUAUCGUACAUCAGAGAAUCCACAUGAGAGAGAUGCGCUACACAUGCUCUGAGUGCGGGAAAAGCUUCAAUCGGAGCUCAGACCUUAUUAAACAUCAUAGAAUCCACACCGGAGAGACGCCCUACACAUGCGCUGAGUGCGGGAAAAGCUUCAAUCAGCGCUCAGACCUUAUCAGACAUCAGAGAAUCCACACUGGAGAGACGCCCUACACAUGCUCUGAGUGCGGGAAACGCUUCAAUCAGAGCUCAGAUCUUAUCGUACAUCAGAGAAUCCACACCGGAGAGAAACCCUACACAUGCUCUGAGUGCGGGAAAAGCUUCAAUCAGAGCUCAAAUCUUAUCGUACAUCAGAGAAUCCACACGAGAGACACCCUGCACGUGCUCUGAGUGUGGGAAAAGCUUCAGUCAAAACUCACACCUUAUCUCACAUCGUAAAAUACACACAAGAGAGACCCUACACAUCCUCUGAGUGCGGGAAAAACUUCAUUGAGUGCUCAGACCUUGUCAUACGUCGUAGAAUCCACAGUGGAGAGAGAUUCUGCACAUGCUCUGCAUUUGGGAAAAGCUUCAAUCAGAGGUCAUUCCCUAUUAGAUAUCAGAAAAUCCAAAUGGGAGAGAACUGUGAGAAAUGCCUUGAUUAGGGCUGGCCAAAGAUUUGUUUUUAAAAAAAUCACAUUUGCUAAUUCCAAUAUAGUGAUCUUUGCACCAUCUUCACCGUGGUCUCUCAGCUCCCCCAGAUGAGUUGCCUCCUUCUGCCUUUUACAGCUCAUCCUUCUUUGGGGGUCAGUCCUGUGAUCUUUUCUAUCAGCUCCUUUCCUUUUGACUCGCAGGAGCAUGUGUCCCUCCAGCCAGGAAUGUUCAUCAGCUCCAGGUCGGGGAGAGAGGGUUGAUGCCAACA